AUGAAAGGAUUAUUCAUCUUCCUGUUUCUGUUUAAGUUUUGUUUGGGCGAUAAUGAUGUAAUCACUUUAGAUCUAUCCAAAGAAGGCGACCACUCAAAAUUCAUUAAAAAUAAACACAAUUACCGAGGUGUGGAAUAUUACACCUUUAUGCCGAUUCCUGGUUACACCAUAGGGAGAAUAAAGUUUCACAAUUACAUUAUAUAUGACAGAAAGGAGGGAGAUGAUAGAGUGGAAGGAACCUACUUGUACUAUAAUCGGUAUAACCACGAUAUUCCCAUCUUCGUUAUUAAAACAGGCAUACUGAGAAGAAGUAUCUUCCCAGUAAGCGGAAGGUCUCAAAACGACGAGGAAAACAGCCUUCUAGUUAGAACCCUGAUGAGAUUCAUACAAGUUUUAACCCCUAUAACGGAUCCGUUGCAUACAAUGCUCGGCAAUUUGGAUGACCGACCUGACCCCGUAGAAACAACGAUAAAUUCAAUAACAUACAGAGUCUACAAUGGACAACAAUACGUUGGAGGCUGUGACGGAAAAAGAGUAUUCUGGCUACCAAAUGCCGCAAGGAUAAAUAUAGAGCCCAAAGAAGAAGUUCAGAUGGAAACGGAAGAGGCGGAGGCCAGCGGAUAUACAUCGGCAGAAGAAGGGUCAACAUCAAUGGAUACCAGUUAG